GAUGCGGCGCUAUCCACUGCAUAUCAACGUCGCCCUCACCGUCGUGUUAUUGGCGAUGUGUGCAACCGUCGUGCGGGCCGGCAAACGAGAGAGGGAAGUCUGGUAUGAAACGGCAACGCGGGCGAUCGAGACGCGGAUCAGGGAGGCAGCGAGUACCAGCGUUAGCGGCACGACGCCACCGAGUGGAGUGGCACGUGGUGUCGUCCUCUUCGUCGGCGACGGCAUGGGGAUGAGUACCCUCACAGCGGCGAGGAUUCUCGCAGGUCAGCGUCACGGCAACCCGGGUGAAGAGACGCAACUCGCGUGGGAGAGCUUCCCGGCAGUGGCAUUGGCGCGGAUCGUUCGACAACCCGAUGUUCGAGUUCAUAGCGGCUGGGUUAUGACAGCGUUCGUUUUGAUGCUGGGGACCGGUUACACGGUAUUAGACGGUACGAGAACUUCGAUUAACCAUGCUUCUACCUUCGAGGGCAUUGCCGCUCUGAACGUAUCGCACUAA